AUGGGUUUCGGCGACCUCUUCCGCUCCUCAAAAAAGCACUCCUCCAAACCCUCCUCCUCCUCCCGCCGCGCCCACUCCCCCGAACCCUUCCCCUCUCAGUUCUCCUCCCUAGACGAGAUCCGCCCCUGGCUCUCCGGCGACCGCCGCGCCGAGUUCCUCCCACCAUCCAUCUACGACACCCCCACACCCUCACGCUCUCACUCCUCCCGCCGUCCAGCCCGUCCCAUCACCCCUCCUCGUCGUGAGUACACCUCUUCCCGCUCACCCUUCCAAUCCACCCGCUCGCGUCCCGUCAGUCCACUCGGCUACUCCGACUACUCUCGCAGUUCUUCCCGUCGACCACGCAGUCCGGUGAGUCCGCUCUCCGCUCCUCGCGAGUCGUCGCGUCGUCGAGAGGGGUCACGUCGUGAGCCUGCUCCUCGCUACGGCGGGUCUUCAUCGUACGAUCUGCCUGACUUCUCGCGUUCUCCACGUCGUGAAUACGAUGACUUGGAUUACUUGGGAAGUGGACGUCGUCAACAGCCGUCGAGUUAUGGGAGGAGUGUGCAGCCGGAGCGUCGUCCUUCUCACUCGUCGAGUCGUCGUGGUGCUUCGCCGGGUGGGUCGGAGUAUGGAGGUGUGGAUCUGUCGAGUUUGGGUGGUGGGUAUAAUCCGUAUGGAGGGUAUCAGACUAGGGAGUAUAGACCUGGUGGGUAUUGA